AUGGCAACCAUGAUUCCACAACUUCAAAGGCAUAUUCUGUCCAUGUCUACUGAUGAGAAAAAGUCUGGAAGAGACCGAUAUGGCCGUACGGACAGCUUGGAUAGUUUGGAUAGUUUAAAUGCUAGCAGCAGUCAUCCUCUCAAACCCAUCACUGCUAAAUCUGACGAAGAACAAAUGGACUCGACAGUAACGCUUAUGACUGCUUCUGCUGAUCCAACCCCUCGACCAUCGACAUAUACUGAGCACCUAAAGCACCCCAAAGCACAAUGGAAUAGCCAAUAUUCAUUCAAAAAAGAUAUCGAUGUAGCAAAGGCCGAUUCUCACGGUCUUGACCAUUCAAGUACAACAGUCAAGUCUCAAGCUUUAUCCCAACAUCCACUAUUUUCAGCUGCAUCUUAUGAAAAACAACCGCCGCAUCAAGAUUUGACAUUAAUACAUAGAGGCAUGACGGCUUUGAAUUUCUCAUCUGAGCUUGAUAUAAAAGGAAAUUUUUUAAGAACCAUCAAUCUAGGUGCAGUUGAAAAACUAGCUAAUGCGCUCCUUCGUCUAGAACUUGACGAGGCAGAUGCUUUGUUAUGUCGCCUACCGCGUAUUGCCGCCUCAAAACAUCUAAAUGAGCACAGAACAAUCAUUUCGGGACUCUAUUGUGGUUUACUUGAAAACAUUUUGGCACUUCACUCAGCAGCACGUCAACAGGCUCAGCACCAACAAUUUUCUGAAAUGAUGGAGCACUUGGCUGCAAUUGCACACGAUCUCUUCGAGUACAUUAUCAGUCACGAUAUUAUCAUUGAUCCCAAACUGAUUUAUGCUGUUGCUGACCAUCUUCGGUUUAGUAGAUACUUUACCAAGGCCAUUUUCCGCAUUCUUAGUAGACUCCAAAAGGAUCAAUGGACCGAUGCGUGCUAUUCCUGGUCGUUGGCAAGUAGUCUUCUUAAGCGUCCAGUCAUGGUCAUUGCAAGCGAAAACCGUAUCUCGGCUAGCGUACAGCACUUUUUAUCUAAAUCAUACGUUAGUCCAAAAAAGAUUGAACAAGAGGUGUCAAGUAUUAUCACGGCCAUGGCAGAAGGCAAUCUGUACACUUCAGACGGUCGUGCACUUUCUCCUGAUAAUCGAGCCAAAUUGCUACGCUGGACUCGCUUACGGCUUAAAUUUGAAGAAGUAUGGCGGUGGUAUGUCCGUGUGCUUGAUGUUCCUAACUGGAACAACGAUAGUGAGUUGGAUCUGGAAUUGCUGACGGUAAAGGAAAACGCACUAGGACUGCUGGCGGAUAUUCUUGUUGUUGCAAGAUCAUACAAUGAGUAUGAUUAUGCAUGGUAUAUAUUUGAGACGUCUGUAAUGAGUGAUCGCUAUGUAUUUGCUACAGUCAUGGGUGUGUGUCGCGAUGCAUUUUGCGAGAGUAGCAAUACAGACACGCGUGAUAUAUGGGAAGCAAGAGCAUGGGCAUUAUAUCGUAAAUCCAGUAGUCGACAUGAUUCUCAUCCUUAUCAAUUUGACGAGGGAUUUUUACUAGAGCUUGUUCAAUUAGUCAUAGAGAUGAAAAAUCAACCCAUACGUUUAAGACACCUGGAUAGAAUUUUCAAGGAUAUCGAGUCACAAUGCACUUUAGAGUAUUUUCCAAUUACUGAAAAACUACUAAAGAUUAUUAUACAACAGUGCUGGGAGACGGUUGAUCUGCAUGCUCGUGCGCCAGAGUGGAAUGCCGUUUUUAAUAGGAUUUUCAGUAUUUAUAGUCUUUCCAAACAUCUUUGUGCUGUAGAAGAUGCGCAUGCUGUGCAAGAUAUAGCCAAUUCAACAGCAGUUCACCAUUCAACACCACACUCCAUCCGAUCAUCUCACCAUCCCAACUACUUGAUAUCUGAUCCCACUUUUGUCACGUUGCUUCAAAUCUGCACUGUGUCAGGACAUUUUGACGAGUUCAAACUGCUUAAUCAGGAUCUUCCUGAUCGCGCAGUUGCUAAUGAAGAUUCCAUGGCAAAUGUCAAACGUGGUUUUGCAGCCUACCUUGGUUAUUAUGUUAUUGAAUCUGAAGAUCGAACAGAGCUACUCGAUAAUUCAAGUCUUCCCAAAUCCAAACCAAUGAAGGCCGAAUCGGAGUCGGAUGAGAAUUUUGAUGAUGUGGUAUUUGAACAGGAUGUAAAAACUGCCCGUUCAUAUGGGUUUGUUCUGAUGGAGCAGAUGGUAUCUAUUCUUGCAGAAUCGGUCGAGGGCGUCAUUAUCAAGGAACUUUGCACUUGA